AUGAGCGACGCGCGCGAGCGGUACGAGCGCGACGGGGGUGCGGAGAUGGACCUGGACGACGCCGUCGAAGGGUGGAUUGUCGUCGUGACCAAUGUGCACGAAGAAGCGACCGAGGACGAUGUAAUGGACCUCUUUCUCGAUUUCGGCAAGGUCAAGGACCUGCACCUGAACCUAGAUCGGCGCACGGGCUAUGUCAAGGGCUAUGCUCUUCUCCAAUACGAGACGCAAGACGAAGCGCGGCAAGCGAUUGACGCGUGCAAAAAAGGGCUCACGCUGCUCGAGCAGCCGCUCGAGGCGGACUAUGCGUUUGUGCAGCCCCCCCGGAACGCACCUCCACGCCGCCGCGCGGAGCGUGCGCGGAGCCGGAGCCCGAUGCGGUCAUAG